UGUCUGUGUGUGUGUGUGUGUGUCUGAGAGUGAGCGAGGGAGAGCACAGAUGGGGUGGUACAGGUGACUCUCACAGUGCUAAGACACACCUUCAACGAAUUAUUAUGAGACGGAGGGACAGAGGUUUUGUGCAAGCAGAGGAAGGAGAGGAGCGCGGUGAGUGAACAGAAGAGGAUCCGUGUCAGUCAGCCAGCUGCGAGAAGAGACAGAUUGAAAGAAAAUAAACCUUCUGAACGGCAGGUAUGUUUGAGGAACAGAGUGGCUCCCCCCAUGGUUACCCAGAGCUCAGGCUUGUCCUGCUGGGGACCAUCGGCUGUGGGAAGACCCUCUCAGGAAACACAAUCCUGGGGAAAGCCGCCUCACCCUCCGCCUUCUCCUCGCCGAGGAUCUGCCAGACAAGACGUGGCUUAUCGGAAGGCCGGCAGCUGAGCCUGGUGGAGAGUCCGCGCUGGUACUGGUCCGGGGGGCAGGUGGAGACAAGCGUGCGACAGGAAACUGAGCGAGCCCUCCAGCUGCUCGCCCCUGGGCCUCACGCCUUCCUCCUCCUCAUCCCCGUGGGGCAGUUCACGGAGGUGGAGAGGCAGGUGCCCGACCAGCUGGAAGAGGUGUUUGGGAAGGGGGCUCUGCGGCACACCCUGGUGCUCUUCACCUGCGGGGACUACCUACUGGGCAAAGGAGCGGACGAGUACCUGGCAGGAGAGGACCCGGCUCUGAGAGAGGUGCUGCACAAAUGCGGGGGACGGUACCACAUAUUCAACAACCGCAAGCUGGAAGAGAGAGUCCAGGUCAGGACCCUGCUGGAGAAGGUGGAGGAAAUGGUGCGAAGGAACGGGGGCUGUUAUAUUAAGAGUGACUUGCAAGCGGAUGCGAAGGAGCGAGAAUGGGAAACAGAGAAACGGGCGCUGGACACGCACAGCAGCAAGGGGCAGGAAGAGGUGCGGAGGAGAUGGGGCUCCAGCUCUGGGACGCGGAGACAGGAGCAGCUCAGAGAGGAGGAAUCGAUGCCCCUCACCUCCAGAGACAGGACUGAUGGGGUGGUGGAUGAGAUGGUUACUAUGAGACAUAUGACCAAUGGCCUGCAUGCCCAGGCACCGUCCCCAGAAGCGAGAGAGCAUGUGCCGCACACCAGAGAUCAGCAGGAGCGCAGGGCCAGUUUCCGUCUUUCUGCAGAUGGGGCCCUUCUCUCCCAGCUCUCGGAUUUCAAUUCCAGGGAAAGCUUUGUCAACACCUUUCACCACCAUAUCGCUAAGGACCCUGCUAUUCAGACCGAAAGCUCCUCCCCCUCAGCCAGCUCUCCCUUCAGAGGCUCCACCCCUUCAGCCAGCUUUGCCUCCACAGACCCCUCCCCUUCUGCCAACUUUGCCAGCUUUGCCUCCACAGGCCCCUCCCCUUCUUCCAUCUUUGCCUCCGCAGGCUCCUCCCUUUCAGCCACCUCUUACUCCACAGGCUCAUCCUAUUCAGCCAACUCCUCCUUUAUAGUCCCCUCCCAUUCAGCGAUCUCUUCCUCCACAGUCUCCUCCCAUUCAGCCAUCGCUUCCUCCAGAGGCCCCUCCCAUUCAGCAAUCUCUUCCUCCACAAGCCCCUCCCAUUCAGCCAUCGCUUCCUCCAGAAGCCCCUCCCAUUCAGCCAUGGCUUCCUCCACAAGCCCCUCCCCUUCUGUUGGCCCUCCCUCCAUAGGUCCCUCCCCCUACUCCACCCCAGUUCCACGUCCCUCAACCACAGCCAAUUCUCCUGCCACUGAUCCGGAACUGAGGCUGCUUCUCCUGGGGCGCAAGGGAUCAGAGAAAAGAGUGGUGGGAAACUGCAUCUUGGGAAAGGAUGCUUUUGAGCUUCAGGAUGACAACACUAAUUCAGCGUGUGAGAGGAAGUGGGCCAGAGUGGCAGAGAAACAGGUGGUUGUGGUGGAUGUUCCAGACUGGGUGGGCACCGGUCAUCCCCUUGAGGAAAUUCGACAGCAGCUCUCCACUGCCCUAGCCCUCUCGGCCCCUGGGCCCCACACCUUCCUGUUGAGCGUCCCGGUGAAUAAGCCGGCCGACGUAGAGCUGCGUGCCCUUGGUGUCAUGGAGGAGCUGUUGGGCCGCACUGUGUUGAGGAGCCGCGCCGUGGUGGUCUUCACUCAUAGUGAGCUCUUGGGUGCUGGCGGGGCUGGGCUUGAGGAGUAUGUAGCCACACGGCGCCCGGACCUCCUGCAGCUGGUGGAGAAGUGCGGCGAUCGCUACCACGUGCUGGAGAGGGAUGGUGCUGGCGAGCUGCUGGAUAAAGUGGAGCAGGUAGUGAAGGAGGGCGGAGGGACCUGCUUCAACCUGGAGGCAGACAAGGAGCAAGCAGUGAAGGACAGGGACCUCCGGUCUUCGCUGCAGUCUGUGCGUGAGGUGGACGAGGAGGACGAAAAGGAGCAAGCGAGGGAGAAGUUAGAGAGGGGAAUGAGCCAAAUGGACGGUCCUCCUUCGCUCGCUUCUUCCCAGUCCUCUACGUCUAUCCUUAGCUCCUUGAGUGAGCAGGUGCUAGAGUUACUGAGAAGAGUCCCAAAGCUCUUGGCUGGGGGUGCUCUGUUGGGUGGGGUGGUUGGGGUUUUUCUGGGGGGUCCACUAGGGGGUGCAGUAGGGGCAACGGUUGGCACCGUGACCGCAGAGGUGGGUAGACGGAAGUACGGCAACAAAAUGAAAACACAGUAAUGGAAAAUAGCCAAAGCGGAGAAUGAAUUGUGUGAACAAAUGUAUAUAACGUGGUAUGCCAGUGCUUGGGUCUACCUGUGCUGUAAAUAUGAAGAAACACAUGUAAAUCCCUACAAAUACAUUGGACAAUUCAGCGAGUUACAAAUUUGCUAAAACAAAAUUACUUCGUUGCUUUCCAGACAUUCCCGCUUAUCAUUACACGGAAUUCCAAAGCAGAGGUUCGAAUAAGAGUGAAUAAGUGAAAAAUAAUUUUUCACCUUUCGUGAAAACCCAUAAAUCUCGCGUGUGUGCAGUCAUCAUAUGUAUGAGUGGAAUGGCUUUUUUCCAAGUUUCACAGCAUGUUCUGUAGUUAAGAACUUGUAAAAUGUUCAGUAGUGCUGUUCCAUGUGGUAGCAAAUUCUAGUCUUUGAAGUGUUAAGAUUUACGUGGCAAAUUAUACUCGAGGUUCCCUCAAGUUGAUGUCAUCAUACCUGUGUGACAGUUUUUUUCUUUAAUGACACUGAUGCCCAUAUUAAAAUAUGCUGAGCGAUCCCGUGAAUCACAUAACGCUGGACAUCUUAUAUAACAGUGUAUUGUACGUUUUGACCCCCAAUAUGACCCGAGGCACAAGGACAGAGGUUGUCCUUUUAGGUUAACCAUUUGAUGCUAGGCCGCGGGUGCCAGAGCUGCUUCUCGAGCGCGUGUGAAAGAAGCUCCCCCUGGACUCGUGUUCCCACGCAAGGAGGAGCGCGGGUCAUCCUAGGGCAGCUGCCGUCACUGCUACAGGAAGUGAUGGAAAGCCCUGAGAAGAGGUCCAGGCGGAACGGCCAGCCGAAGCGGGCACAUGGGUGCGACCCGGGGUGACUCAGCCCUCGGUGUUAUCUCUGGCUCCCAGACCACCUCCCCUCAAACCCUGAGCCCCCAUAUCUGGGGUGAGAAGGAGGCGGGCAGCAAGGGGCCGGUCCUCUAGCGGGCUGCGGGGGGAUGAGUCGGAUACAAAACUCUUUCCCCACUUGGUCAUCCAUGCCAUGCAGCUGCCCAGCACACGCCACACAUAUUCACAGACUCACUACCAGGCAGACGGCAGAAAUAUCUUGCAGACCUCAUCUGAGGGAGGGCGUCUCUUGCGAGUUACCUGAUGUUACGCUCGUGAGCGUGAUGGCAGAGCAAGUCCUGGGAUCCGGCUCGCGCGCUGGGGGCCACGUGUUACGCAAACGUCCCUUCCUGUGGUGCAGGGCUCAGGCGCCGCAGGGAAGGGCGGGCUGGGGCGCCCCCUCGCCCCUUCUUCUGCGGCCGCAACCGCCCGCGAGCCCCAGGAAGCCCAUCGGUCGCCGAUGAGACAGCACUAACUGUAACCAUUUCCCGACCACCUGACGGACUGGGGCACACGCCAGGAUGCUUGCAGGCCCAGUCAUCCCCCCACCCGUGCCCUAACCGCCUCGACCGUACACACCCUGUGCACUUGACCCUGUUGCCCGGCUGCACAGCUGUGCUGGAAACCCGGCUCACCCUCCCAUGCAUGUGAAAACGGCCACAAAUCUUUCCAUGGCUCCAGUUCUCACAGCUCUGUGAUACAUCGCCAGCGUCCGGCUACAGGAUGCCUUUUUUUUUGGGGGGGGAUAUUGUGAUGUUGCUUUUUUUUCUCGUUUUGCAAUUGAUGUUUUUAAGGCCUUAUUUGUUUUUAUUUAUUCUUGGUGUUUUUACUGAGUUACGAUUAAAUCAAAUAAUUGUGCGGGGAAAAAUAGCACAUUUGCACGCAACCCUGUAAAUUCAAAGCGGUUCUUCGCCGGGCAUGAACCACACAAGCGGGUGAUAUGAACUGUAAGAUAUAAGCUCACAGUUGGUCCCUUAGUUUGUCCGACCCCAGAUGCGUGUGAACGCGUCCAGGUGUAAUUCUGUCCCCCGGAGCUAUUAUUACCCGAUCAUUAGUGAUGCACAUUCAUGCUACGCCAAUAAAUACUUUUAGCUUGAGCUGAACAGACAACCAAAGAACAAAAAUGCAAAUUUGUUAGUUGCCGUAUUGCUCGUGUGCCUAUUGAUUGAUUUGUGUGUUUGUAUGAAAAUGCUUACAAUCUGGGGGUCUGAUUGCACCACAUGUGGUUGUGUUUUAACCACAGGGUCCAAAGCUGUGGCCAUGAACAUCGAUCGCUCUUUCCUUGGCUCUCGGUGUAACACGAACUGUCAGUUUAAGGGCUAUAUUUACAUUUAUUCGACUAUCUGAUGCAACAUCUCAAAGGGACUUACAUCAUUCGGUUACCUAGAGUUGUUUAUUCACUUAUACAGCUGUAUGUUUUCAUUUACUGCAGUAACUGAGGGUAAGUGCCUUACUCAAGG